UAUAUAUAGUCAUCGAGAUGUUUUCCUUAUCUCGAUGUAAAUAGUAUUAUUUUAUCUGUUUUAAAACAUUUAAAAAUUUAAAAAAUCUAACAUGAUAACGGAGCCGAUUCGUCUGUGUUUUUUCAAAAAUUAUUUACUCGUGUAAACAAUAACAAAUCAAUAUGUCUAAUAAUGAGAGCACCUUUAGUUUAAACGUUUAUCAAGGUGGUGGUCACUUUGAAUUUUCAUCAGAAAAAAACUGGGGUAUAGUUGAUGAUGACUGUACAUGCUUUGAUUCCAUAGAUUUUACUCACUUGUCUGACAGUAUAGCUAGUGUACCGUUUCAUAUUAGACAUAACAUACCACAAGAGUUAUUUACAGUUGAUCAAUUAGAAGAAUUUGAAGUAGAAGCGUCUCUCGCCAACAGUCGACACACAUUUCAAUGCAAUUCAAAAUCAAAAGAUAAAUUUAUUCUCGAUAAGGAAAAAAGUCUCGAGCCAGAAACAAAAAAGCUAUUAUCUGUUUUGACAGAUUUCUCUCUUGAAGAUAAACAUAAUUAUUUAGUUAAUGAAAAUGAAGCGCAUGGACUAGAAGCAAUUUUAGGAAAUACAAAACCUUUACUUAGUCAAUUGAAAGAUGAACAUUUUGCAAAUUCAAACGUCAACGAACGAGGCAAUGAAGUAGUGGAAAGUACAACAGAAAAUAGUGAGGCUGAAAAAGAAAUAUCUCAAUCCACCAGUUCUGGUCAUUGGCUCAAUUCAAUGCUAGAAUUUGAUGAUGAAUAAUUUUUUAUUUUACCGUAAAAUAAAAAAAUAUUACUAUUUUUAUGUAUAGACAUGUUUUACAAAUUAGGACUUUUAAAUUUACAAAUUCAUUUUUUAUUACUUCUUAAAUUAUAAUCACUGACUAACGACAUUUAAUUUUAAACUUAUAAUUUGGUAGACAAUAAAUUAAUGUUAAGUUUAAAAGCCAAGCCGACAAGCAUUGACUUCUUAAUAGCCAUGUAAAAUUGUACAAAGAAAACACACUUUAGAGUUAAGUCUACACUUCUUUACUACCUAAUAUUAUUACUAAAUAUCACAUUAUUUGUAUGACAAUCAUUUUGUGUUUAUGUGAUAAAACUCUACUAUCUUAUUUAAUCUAACAAA